AUUCGACUCUCGAGAGCACUCCAGUCAAUCCAGCAAAUUGUAAUAGAAUUUAAUGUGUGGGUCGGAGAAUAUGUGUGCAAAUGAAAAAAAAGUUAGAUUAUACGUCUGCUGUAACAGGUGAAUGUUGUUUUUUGGAAGGCCUUGUUACGUUUAUUUUAUUUUAUUUUUUUUUUUAUUUACUCUGCAAAUUAUGCAAGGCACUUUGUAAAUGAGUAACGCAGUUGUUAAAAUUGUAAAUGCAAAAAUGAAGAUUAACGAGAGAGAGAGAGAAAAAGAAAAAGAAAAAAGCGAAAAUAUCUACAGAGGACUAAACUGAAGCUUUAGCUUAUAAUUGUACAUUGUACAUACAUUAAAAAAAAAAAAGAAAAAAAAAAGAAAAAAAACACAUUUGUGGAGCAAACAUUUUAAUAAAAUAUUUUUUAAUUAUUCGCUUUAGUUUUUCAUUACAUAUGCACCGAACACUUUUCUCAUACUUAUAUAUAACCACUUCGACAUGCGGAUCAAGUACUCGCGUGCCUACGUGCGUCACUAAAAAUAAUCAUCACCUAGUGGCAAUUAUAUGUAUUCGCCUAAAAUAGUUUACGAGCGCGCGCGACGCCGGGUUCAGCCGCGCGCAGCAAUGAUUUGCUGCGAUCCGAUCGCGUGUUCUCUGCGUGUCGGACACCCUCCGAUCGGGGUUUUCUAUUAUUAUAAAUAAAAAAAAAUUGUCAAGUGUGUGAAACUUCAAAAAAAAAAACAUCAUGCGAUUCUGGGGCCGCAAUUACCGAUCGCAGAAGGCGAUCGUUCAGAAGGGCACGACCGUAUUGACGAGCAGUCCGUUCGCCUACGUGCUGUCGUCGUACCAUCGCUACACCCACUGCGAUCACUGCUUCAACAAAGACAAGAAACUGUUGAAGUGCUCGGGAUGCCAGUACGUCUCGUACUGCGAUCGGCUCUGCCAAAAGGAGUCGUGGAAGAUACACAAGGCCGAGUGUCCGAAUCUGAAGCGAGUACUGCCGAAAAUCGUGCCGGACGCCGCGCGGCUGCUCGCGCGAAUCGUCAUAAAGCUGCAGCAGGGCGGCGCCGACGAGAAGGACUCGUACGGCAACAACAUGUACAGGAGAUUCAAGGAUUUGAUGUCCCAUUAUUCCGAUGUCAAGAAAGAUCCGAAAAGGGUGGAUCAUUUUCUGACUCUCUGUCAAGUUUUGGAAGAUUAUUUGGAGGGAGUGGAGCUUCCCAAUCCAGCUGAGUUGAUGGGUAUUUAUGGAAGAAUCUGCGUAAAUUCCUACAACAUACUCGACACGGAUAUGAAUAGUAUAGGUGUUGGAAUAUACCUUGGCCCUUCUGUAAUAGAUCACAGCUGCAAACCCAAUGCUGUGGCUGUUUUUGAAGGUACCAAACUCAUGAUCAGAGCUAUCGAAGAUAUUCCUCAAUUAGAUUGGUCUCUGAUACAUAUUUCAUACAUUGAUAUUUUAAAUACCACAAGAACGAGAAGGGAAGAGCUUGAAAAAACCUAUUACUUUACUUGUGACUGUGAAAAGUGCAAAGAGCCAGAACCAUAUGCCACAGCAGCCAUGUGUGCUUCGUGCAAAAGUGCAUGCGAUGCUACCAAAGAACAUUGUGAAAAAUGUCAGAAACUAUUUCCAUUGAAUUUUAAAAAGGAGUUCAAUGAAAUUAGUGAAUUCACUGUCAGCACCCUUGAAAGUAUGAGAAAUACAGCCUAUCUUGAUUUAAGUAAAAAAUGUCUGGAGAAACAAGAAAAUGUUAUGCAUCCAUUAAAUAUUCAACACAUCAGAACUGUUGAAUCAGCAUUUGAUGCCAGUGUUAAUUUGGGAUACUGGGACGAUGCUGAGAAUUAUGGAAAUGAAUUGAUCCCAGGCUACUUGCACUAUUAUGGUGAAACCCAUCCCAUCACUGGAACGUUGUUUUUGUUAUUGGGUAAAAUUCAAUUGCAUUUAUGUAAAGAUGAAUCUGCACUGGAAACCUUGAAAAAAGCAGAUGAAAUUUUAAAAAUAACCCAUGGAGAAAAACACAUUGUCGUAAGGGAGAAUUUAAAACCUUUGCUGUUUCAAGCUAUUUCAGAAGUCAGCAAAGGAAAAUAACAAUUAUGCCUUACCAUUAUACAUAUUGUACAGAAAAUAAAAAAUUAUUUUUAUUUAAAAUUCUUAAUGAGAUAUUAUUAAUGUAAUUUAUAGGUUUUUUUGUAUGAAGUCUAACAUGCAUUAGUU